AUGGAUAGAAGAAAAAAAAGGAUGGGGAGUCUGGAUCAGACAGUGAUAGUGAGGAGAUGGAAACCACAGAAGAAACGACGAAUUCUUUCGACAAUCAGCCCUUCUUUAAUACAAGUUUCAUCGUCUCCUGCACAUGUAGAUAAAAGAAUUACUCCUAAUAAUGUUACUAAGGUAGCCGCAGAAACUGAAACUCCUCUUGUUUCAAAAAGGAUCCAAAAAGAAGUUGGCCUUUCUCACCUCAAUACAACUACACAUGCUGGUACAAGUGCGACUACGACAAAUAGUGCAAAUCUAAGCAGCUUAUUUCCUCUAAUGGUACCUUCUACUACAGUAGUCUCUUCCAACAUGCCUCUUCCAGCUUUUCCUACCUCCUCUCUUCCUACCUCUGUCUCCACUCCUGCUUCAGUGACUACAUCUACUGCUAGUGGAUCAGAAAAUAGAGUUCAAGCUCUUCCUUUGGUGUUACAAACUCCCGCUGGUAUGGGAUACGCUUCAACUUCCAAUGGAAUGAUUUUGGGGUUAUUACAGGGUCCAAAUAUUACUCAACCUCAGUUAGUAGCUAUCCCCAUGAGCAGUGUUACGGGAGGAAACGUAACUAGCAUUUCGCCUGUUGUUAAUAUCGAUAACUGA